AUGUCAGAUAUUCCCCUGGAUUUGGUAGAGGAAAUACUCUCUAGGGUUCCGGCCACAUCUCUCAAACGAUUUAGAACUACUUGCAAACUAUGGAACGCUUUAAUAAAAGAAGAAAGAUUCACCGAGAAGCACUUUCGUAAAGCUCCAAAGCAGUCUCGUCUUCUCAUGAUGAAGGAUAAUAAGAUUUGUUCAAUGAGCGUCAAUCUCAACGUUGCUCCUCCAACUAUAGAGCUUAAAGGUGCACUUGACCUAAAGGAUUCCCAUUCUAAUUCGAAACAAGUCGAUAUAGCUAAAGUUUUCCAUUGCGACGGUUUGUUGUUAUGCACCACCAAGGACAGUAAACUUGUGGUUUAUAAUCCUUGUUCAGGAGAAACCAGGUGGAUCCAACUCGAAACUACUUGCGUGUUAGGGUUCUCGCAGUUUGCUCUAGGAUACCAAAACAAUAAACAUGGCCGUAGCUACAAAAUCUUGAAGAUUUGGGAUGAUGACGUCCAUGAACCCAGACCUGUUUAUGAGUUUACAAUAUAUGAGUUUAAAUCUGAUUCAUGGAGGAAGCUUCUUGAUGUUCGUCUUCGUGAUGUUGAUGGUUGCGAAUGCCAAAUAAAAAGAUUUGGAAAUGGAGUGUCUCUGAAGGGAAAUGCUUACUGGGUUGCUUAUGGUGUCGCCGGCACCAUCUUAUUCAGUUUUGAUUUUACGAGAGAGAGAGAUAGACGUCUGUGUCCUCCGCCAUCUCUGAAAGAAUUUGAUUGGACGGCUUUAUCAGUUAUCAGAGAAGAAAAACUCUCGUUGGCAUUUGGGGAAGUUAAUUCAUUAAAGGUUGAGAUAUGGGUGACCAAUCAAAUUGAUACUGAUGCUGCCUUUUCAUGGAGCAAAUCAUUUGCAUUGGACUUGGUAGAUAUUCCUGAUUGUGGAUGGGAUGGGGUCACGUUCAAGUACUUGUUCUGGAUUGUUUUAGUCGACGAAGAGAAGAAAGUAGCCUUGUACGUGAAUGCUUGGCAAGUGAAAAGCCACAACUCUGUCUACAAAGUGUACGUUACUGGAGAGGAUGAUGAUUACUACACAGAAACAGCUUAUCUAGAAUCUUCAGAUGAUUGUUUGCCAUUUAUUAUCGAUUAUGUUCCAAGUUUGGUUCAAAUCCGGCAAAGUAGAAGACAGAAAGAAAAGAAUGAAAACUAG